CCGCGCCACGUGCUCGUUGGAGGGCGGUGCGAGGGGCCGAGCCGAGAAGAUGUUCUUUUUGCUGCCUCUUCCGGCUGUCGGGCGAGUAGCUGCCCUGCGCUUGAGCGUGAAGCGCUUCUGGAACCGGAGUUUCUCCGCCGCAGAGAUGACGAAGGGCCUUGUUUUAGGAAUCUAUUCCAAAGGAAAAGAAGAUGAUGUGCCACAGUUUACAAGUGCAGGAGAGAGUUUUGAUAAAUCAGUGUCCGGAAAGUUGAGAGAACUUUUGACCAUAUCUGGGCCCCCUCUGAAGGUGGGCAAAACCCGAACCUUUCAUGGUCUGCAUCAGGACUUCCCUAGCGUGGUGGUUGUCGGCCUUGGCAAGAAGGCAGCUGGCGUCAAUGACCAGGAAAACUGGCACGAAGGCAAAGAAAACAUCAGAGCUGCUGUUGCAGCGGGCUGCAGACAGGUUCAAGACCUGGAGAUCCCUUCCGUGGAGGUGGACCCCUGUGGAGAUGCCCAGGCUGCUGCAGAAGGAGCCAUUCUUGGUCUCUACGAAUACGAUGAGCUGAAGCAGAAAAAGAAGAUGAUGGUGUCAGCACAGCUCCAUGGAAGUGGGGACCAGGAGGCCUGGCAGAAAGGAGUCCAGUUUGCUUCGGGGCAGAACUUGGCACGCCACUUGAUGGAGACUCCAGCCAAUCAGAUGACGCCCACCAGAUUUGCUGAAAUUAUUGAGAAGAAUCUCAAAGAUGCUAAUAGUAAAACAGAGGUCUAUAUCAGACCCAAGUCUUGGAUUGAGGAACAGGAAAUGGGAUCAUUCCUAAGUGUGGCCAAAGGAUCUGACGAGCCUCCAGUCUUCUUGGAAAUUCACUACAAGGGCAGUCCCAAUGCAUGUGAACCCCCGCUGGUGUUUGUUGGGAAGGGAAUUACCUUUGACAGUGGUGGUAUCUCCAUCAAGGCUUCUGCAAAUAUGGAUCUCAUGAGGGCUGACAUGGGAGGAGCUGCGACCAUAUGCUCAGCCAUUGUGUCUGCUGCAAAGCUUAAUUUGCCCAUUAAUAUCAUAGGUUUGACCCCUCUUUGUGAAAAUAUGCCCAGCGGUAAGGCCAACAAGCCAGGAGAUGUCAUCCGAGCCAAGAAUGGAAAGACCAUACAGAUUGAUAACACUGAUGCUGAGGGGAGGCUCGUACUAGCCGACGCGCUCUGCUAUGCGCACACCUUUAAUCCGAAGCUCAUCAUCAAUGCCGCCACCUUAACAGGUGCCAUGGACAUAGCUCUGGGGUCUGGUGCCACGGGCAUCUUUACCAAUUCCACCUGGCUGUGGACCAAACUGUUUGAGGCCAGCAUUGAAACAGGCGACCGGGUCUGGAGGAUGCCUCUCUUUGAACAUUAUACAAAACAAGUUGUAGAUUGUCAACUUGCUGAUGUUAAUAACAUUGGAAAAUACAGGUCUGCAGGAGCCUGUACAGCUGCGGCCUUCCUGAAAGAAUUUGUGACUCAUUCAAAGUGGGCUCAUUUAGACAUAGCUGGUGUGAUGACCAACAAGGAUGAGGUCCCAUACCUGAGGAAAGGCAUGACUGGGAGGCCCACACGGACCCUGAUCGAGUUCUUACUUAGGUUCAGUCAAGAUGAGGCUAAUGCUUAGUUCCUUUACUCUGUCUUAAAUUGGACAGUUGAGCUUCAAAAUAAUUUUUGAAUGAGUAGCUGAAAAUCUUCUAAAUGAAACAAAGGGUGGUAUUUUAAAAAUGCCUAAUUUUUUCAUUUUAUGCAGAGAUUUGUAAAGAUAAAGCUAAUACCUUGCUUGGCAAGGAUUUUAAAGAUAUUCUAUAAAUGAUUAAUUUUUUAAAAAACUAGCUAAUCACUUCUCAGAGUAUAAGUUUAAAUUGAGAAGCAAAAUUUUAUUUUCGGAUUUGUGAUGUUAGGAACAUGAACAGACUAAAAGUUACUAUGCAAUUGCCAUAAACAAUAAAUUCAACUUUUUGUGC